GGGGGCGGGUGGGGUGGGGUGACUCUAGCCCAGAUGAGGGCUCCGCGCCCGUGAGCGAGUGCGACCCCGGGACGCGCCGCGGAGAAAGCAGGCGGCGAGCGGCCCGCCGAGGCCUAGGCCGCGCGGCCCACGCGGAGGUCGGCGCCGAGGAACGAUGGAGGCCGCGCCCGGGACCCCCCCGCCGCCGCCAUCAGCAUCGCCGCCGCCGCCGCCAUCGCCGCCGUCAACGCCUUCGCCGCCUCCGUGCUCCCCCGACGCCUGCCCGGCCGCCCCGCACCUCCUCCACCGCCUCCCGCUCCCUGACGACAGAGACACAAGUGCAGCAGUUUGGGAAGAUGGUGAGUUGGAAGAAGGUGAACUGGAGGAUGAUGGGGCAGAGGAGACCCAGGACACCUCCGGAGGCCCUGAGCGGAGCCGGAAAGAAAAGGGGGAGAAGCACCACAGCGAUUCUGACGAGGAGAAGUCUCACAGGAGACUGAAGCGGAAGCGGAAGAAAGAGCGGGAGAAGGAGAAGAGAAGAUCGAAAAAGAGGAGGAAAUCUAAGCACAAGCGACAUGCGUCUUCCAGCGAUGAUUUCUCCGACUUCUCCGAUGACUCAGAUUUCAGCCCCAGCGAGAAGGGGCACCGCAAGUACCGAGAGUGCAGCCCCCCGUACGUGCCGUCCCACCAGCAGUACCCCCCGUCACACAGCACGUCCCUGCCCAAGAAGUCCUACUCCAAGAUGGACAGCAAAGGCUACGGCAUGUACGACGACUAUGACAACGAGCAGUACGGGGAGUACGAGGGCGACGAGGAAGAGGACAUGGGCAAGGAGGACUACGACGACUUCACCAAAGAGUUGAACCAGUACCGGCGUGCCAAGGAGGGCAGCAGCCGGGGCCGAGGCGUUCACUUUCUGAAUCACCGUGCAGGCAGUCGAGGCCGUGGCAGGGGCUACCGGGGCCGAGGCAGCCGCGGAGGGUCCCGGGGCCGAGGCAUGGGCCGCGGCGGCCGAGGCCGGGGCCGGGGCUCCAUGGGAGACCACCCAGAGGACGAAGAUGACUAUUACGAAGAUGAGAUGGAUUAUGGAGAAAGUGAGGAACCGAUGGGCGAUGAGGAUUAUGACGACUAUUCCAAGGAGCUAAACCAGUACCGCCGGUCCAAGGACAGCCGAGGACGAGGGUUAAAUCGAGGCCGUGGCCGGGGUUCCCGAGGCCGAGGCAAAGGGAUGGGCCGGGGCCGAGGUCGAGGUGGCAGCCGAGGAGGGAUGAACAAGGGUGGAAUGAACGAUGACGACGACUUCUAUGACGAUGACAUGGGCGACGGCGGCGGGAGCUACCGGGGCCGCGACCAUGACAAGCCCCACCAACAGUCUGACAAGAAAGGCAAAGUCAUCUGCAAAUACUUCGUGGAGGGGCGGUGCACGUGGGGAGACCACUGUAACUUCAGCCACGACAUCGAGCUUCCAAAGAAGCGAGAGCUGUGCAAGUUCUACAUCACCGGGUUCUGUGCCAAAGCCGAGAACUGCCCCUACAUGCAUGGUGAUUUUCCGUGUAAGUUAUACCACACCACCGGGAACUGCAUCAAUGGCGACGACUGCAUGUUUUCCCACGACCCUCUGACCGAGGAGACGAGAGAGCUCUUGGAUAAGAUGUUGGCGGACGACGCGGAAGCAGGCGCCGAGGACGAGAAGGAAGUCGAGGAACUGAAGAAGCAGGGCAUCAACCCUCUGCCCAAACCGCCCCCCGGGGUGGGCCUCCUGCCCACCCCGCCUCGGCCCCCCGGCCCCCCGGCCCCGACCUCGCCCAACGGCAGGCCCAUGCAGGGCGGACCCCCGCCUCCGCCCCCGCCCCCGCCCCCGCCCCCCGGGCCCCCGCAGAUGCCCAUGCCGGUGCACGAGCCACUGUCCCCGCAGCAGCUGCAGCAGCAGCAGGACAUGUACAACAAGAAGAUCCCCUCCUUGUUUGAGAUCGUGGUGCGGCCCACGGGACAGCUGGCUGAGAAGCUGGGUGUGAGGUUCCCUGGACCCGGAGGACCCCCCGGGCCAAUGGGCCCUGGGCCCAAUAUGGGACCCCCGGGGCCGAUGGGGGGCCCAAUGCACCCGGACAUGCACCCCGACAUGCACCCCGACAUGCAUCCGGACAUGCACCCCGACAUGCACCCGGACAUGCCGAUGGGCCCUGGCAUGAACCCUGGCCCGCCCAUGGGACCCGGUGGCCCCCCUAUGAUGCCUUACGGCCCUGGAGACUCCCCACACUCUGGAAUGAUGCCCCCCAUCCCACCAGCCCAGAACUUCUAUGAAAACUUCUACCAGCAGCAGGAAGGCAUGGAGAUGGAGCCGGGACUCAUGGGGGACGCAGAGGACUACGGGCACUACGAAGAGCUGCCGGGGGAGCCUGGGGAGCACCUCUUCCCCGAGCACCCUCUGGAGCCUGACAGCUUCUCUGAGGGAGGGCCCGCAGGCCGGCCGAAGCCGGGCGCCGGUGUCCCCGACUUCCUGCCCUCAGCCCAGAGGGCCCUGUACCUGAGGAUCCAGCAGAAGCAGCAGGAGGAGGAAGAGAGAGCGAGGAGGCUGGCUGAGAGCAGCAAGCAGGACCGGGAGAAUGAGGAAGGUGACACUGGGAACUGGUACUCGAGCGACGAGGACGAGGGUGGGAGCAGCGUCACCUCCAUCCUUAAGACCCUGAGGCAGCAGACGUCCAGCCGGCCGCAGGCCUCCGCCGGGGAGCUGAGCGGCAGCGGGCUGGGGGACCCCCGCCUCCAGAAGGCACACCCCACGGGAGGCCGGCUGGCCGACCCCCGCCUCAGCCGGGACCCCAGGCUCUCGCGCCACGCCGAGGCCUCCAGCGGGUCGGGCCCGGGCGACGCGGGGCCCUCCGACCCUCGGCUGGCUCGCUCCCUGCCCGGCCCGAAGCCCGAAGGCGGCCUCCAUCCCAGCCCCGCAGGCCCCAGCGGCUCCAAGGGGCCCGGGCCGCCCCCCGCGGACGAGGAGGACGGGGAGCGGGCGCUGCGGGAGAAGGCCGUGAGCAUCCCCCUGGACCCCCUCCCCGGGCACCCGCUGCGGGACCCGCGGUCGCAGCUGCAGCAGUUCAGCCACAUCAAGAAGGACGUGACCCUGAGCAAGCCGAGCUUCGCCCGCACCGUGCUGUGGAACCCCGAGGACCUGAUCCCCCUGCCCAUCCCCAAGCAGGAGGUGGUGCCCCCCGUCCCCGCCGCCCUGCAGUCCCUGCCCGCCCUGGACCCCAGGCUGCACCGGGCCUCCACCGUGGGCCCCUCCAACCCCCGACCGCGCUCAGGCCCCUCCACGGACCCCGGCUCGUCCGGCUCCAGCCUGCCCGACUUCGAGCUCCUCUCGCGCAUCCUCAAGACUGUCAGCGCCACCGGCCCCACCGCUGCCCCCGGCCCCAGCGACAAGCCCAGCGACCCCCGGGUUCGGAAGCCUCCCGCUGACCCCCGGCUGCAGAAACCCGCAGACUCUGCUGCCCCCUCCCGGGCCGCCAAGCCCGGCCCUGCUGACGCCCCCUCUCCGGCCGCCAGCCCCAGCGGGGAGUCCUCUCCCCCCGCCACCGCCCCCUACGACCCCCGGGUGCUGGCGGCCGGGGGGCUGGGCCAGGGCAGCGGGAGCGGGCAGAGCAGCGUGCUGAGCGGCAUCAGCCUGUACGACCCCAGGACUCCCAACGCCGGAGGGAAAGCUGCGGAGCCCGCUGCCGACGGGGCCGCCCAGCCCAAGGGCCCCGAGGGCAACGGCAAGAGCGCGGCUGCCAAGGCCAAGGAGCCCCCGUUCGUCCGAAAGUCCGCCCUGGAACAGCCCGAAGCGGGGAAGCCCGCUGCGGACGGGGCCCCCACGGCCACGGACAGAUACAACAGCUACAACCGGCCCCGGCCCAAGGCUGCCGCGCCCCCUGCCACCGCGGGCACCCCGCCCCCAGAGGGCGCCCCGCCCCAGCCCGGCGUGCACAACCUGCCGGUGCCCACCCUCUUCGGGACCGUGAAGCAGGCGCCCAAGACGGGCUCCGGGAGCCCAUUCGCCGGCAACAGCCCCGCCCGGGAGGGCGAGCAGGACGCGGGGUCCCUGAAAGAUGUGUUCAAAGGCUUUGACCCCACCGCCUCCCCCUUCUGCCAGUAGUGUUAAGUCGGAGUGGAGCUGUCCUACACCCACCCUUCCUAGGGCAAUAUUUAAGUGCAGCAUCCGGAGUUGGGAACUGGGAGGGAGGGGCGUCUGGGUAUUCUUUCUUUACUUUUUCCCUCUUUUUCUUUUGCUCUCCUGCUCUUUCUUGCUCUUGCUCUCCCCCUACCCCCCCCCCUUUUUUUUAAGCAAUACUUCCUUUUUAAAACAUAUAAAUUGUAUAUAACCAUCUUCAGUUUUGGUCAGUGCUGCAGGGCUCGGGCUCCCGCCAAGAAAACUCACUUGUGCACAUGGACAGUUUGCAAGUCGCCAGCUGGUGCUCUGCCUGGCCAGCCCAACUUUCAGGGACUCCUCGGAGACUGGGGCUCCAGUUGUUUUCUGGACAAGUUCGGCCCCUCCUCCUCCCCCUCUUGCAGGACAAAGUAGGCGCUGAGAAGGCCCUGAGCCCCGCUCCCCGUGUUGCAUGAGGAGGCGGGAUGUAGCCAGGACCGAGGCAGGACCCGCUAGGGGCCAGGGGGUGGAAACGGCCCAGGAAGGGAAGAGCCUGGGAGCCGCCCCGGAAGCAGCAGCCCGUCCCCGCCUGGCCCUCGCCCUGAGCCGCACUCAGGCCUGGACAGCAGCCGCCAGGGUGAGGGCCGGAGGCUGGGCUGCGGGGCAGGGCCCCGGGAGGCAGCGCAGGUGGCGUCUCCGUCAGUAUUAGCUCCUCCUGCCCUGUCGGCCGUGCCCUUCUCCCCUCCUGCCAGGGGCUGUCCUGCUCCCCAGAAGCCAGCGCCCCGGUGCUGGCCUGGCCUCUGGGGGCAGCUCAAGGAUCCGUGGCAUGGCCGCCCACCAGGCCCGAGGAGGAGGCCUGGCUGGUUCCGGGCAGUGUUUGUCUCCGCUCCCUGCGCCCCUCUUUGCGCCAUGUCUGUGGGGCCUGUGGUCUCGACGAGUUCGGGUUUCUGCUAAGCGGAGGUGCACCAGCUCAGAGGCGUGUCAGGGUGCGGGGCCGGGCACUCCCCUAAAGGGCCUGGGGGCGGGCUGGAGAGCAGCCAUGGCGGGUGGGGCUGCUCAGGGCCCCGCCUGCAGGUGAGGGUGUGGGACCGGAGACCUGUGUCCUGCUCCUGCUCCAGCUGCACCGGCUCCCAUGGACCCAGCCUGGGGGAGUGCCUCAGGGUCCCUCCACCUGUGUUCAUCCGGCUCCUCCCUCCCCUCAUCCCGCCCCUCGGCCGUGCCCAUCUCCCUUGCUAAUAAUGAGGAACCCUGGUGCCCAGCCGAGGGCUCCCUCCUUGCACCCUGGGGUGGGAGGCGAACAGCUGCGAUGCCACCCCGCUCCCCGGGAAGAAAAUAGUAGUUUGGGGCCAGAAGCGAAGGCCAGAGAGGCAGCCCCACAGGCCAGUGCGCUGUGAUCAGGUUGGUUUGGUUUGUCUUUGUCUUUUUGUUUUGCUUUUUUAAACAUUAGAUGUUUCUUCAGCCGCCCACGUGGGCCUUGAGCAGAGGCUGCUGCGUGGUGUUUGUACAAUAAGUAAGAAUGCGCAGUGUGGCUGUGGGGGUUUUCCUUCUCUGGGGAUUUUCUUUUGUAAACGCAAAUUAAAUAAUUUUUUUAAACAAAUUUGUGGAUGAAAUAGAAGCUGGAGCCCUCCUUGGGUAUUCAGCCUAAGAACCUCAUGGGACUAUGAAUUUACCCAAAAUUUUCAUUUGCCAUCAGGCCAAGCUUUUAAAAAAAAAAAAAAAAAUUGUUCUCUAACCAGGAUUGUAACAAAAGUGUAAAUACUAUUUCAGAAAGUUGAUGGUGCAAAUAUGUAUAUAACGUACUGUAUUUUUACAAUGAUUGUCGCAUGCCUGUAUUCCACCCCCUUUUUGUACUCUGUAUCUGUCUUCCAGAAACCUGCCCUUUCUCCUGUGGUCUCUUAAUCCAAUAAUUGUAUUACUGCCAUUAAAGGAUGCAGUUAUUUUAAAAA